CUAGAAUUUGAUAUUCUACUAAUGAUGAAACAACAAUUAAUUUCUAAAUAGUUGACAUAUUGAAAUUUCACAUGAAUUAUCAAAUUCUAUCAAGUUAAUCAUUUAAAUUACAUUUCCAUUCUCUUAGUAACUUGUAAUGUGUUCACUUUAAUACCAAGAAAUCACCAUUUUGUUUUCGUCUCACUGGUCUAUCAAGUAAUCGAGAGUCGUUCUCACCUACAAUCAGCUUGAAAGAGAAGGGAAGAUCUCAAAGUGAAAGAGUGAACAUGAAACAGUAAUAACCAUUUGCAACAAUUUUUUCAUCUCUUCUGCCAACUCAUCUAAUCUCAUCUGGUCUCAUCUUCCUUUGUAACCAUCAAUAUCUGUCUUAAUCAGAGCUCUGGAUUCUUCUACUUUAUUGAUACAUUUCUAAUCAAAACAGAUCAAAAUGACAGCUGAGAACAAAGGAGCUCGAAUGAAGUUACUCUUUAUGCUUGUUCUAACGACCUCAUUUUUUUUCGUAGAAUUAGUUGUUGGUUAUGUUACUAAUUCAAUGGCUCUGGUUGCUGAUUCAUUUCACAUGUUGUCCGAUGUAAUUGCUUUGGUUAUUGCUUAUGUUUCGGUUCUCAUGUCACCCAAAAAAUGGGCUAAAAACACUUUCGGCUGGGCGAGAGCUGAAGUUCUCGGAGCUUUGGUAAAUGCUGUUUUUCUGGUUGCUCUUUGUUUCUCCAUCUUUGUUGAAUCAAUUAAACGUUUCUACAAUCCUGAAGAGCUUCAUGCACCUCAAUUAAUUUUAGGUGUUGGAGCUACUGGUUUAGCAGUUAAUGUAAUUGGAUUAUUCCUAUUUCAUGGACACGGUCAUUCACAUGGUGGUGGAGGAAGUAGUAACAAUCAUUCACAUGAAACUGGUGAUGGUCAUGUUCAUAAUCAGAAUAAAAAGUCAGAUAAAUCAUCCAAACAGGGUGGACACUCUAGUGAACAAAUGAACAUGAGAGGUGUUUUUCUUCACGUUCUUGCCGAUGCCUUGGGAUCAGUAAUUGUUAUCAUAUCUGCUCUGAUAAUUAUGUUUACUUCGUGGUCAAUUAAAGACUAUGUUGAUCCAUCUCUUUCUGUAAUCAUGGUUUGUUUAAUUAGCUAUAGUACUUGGCCACUUUUAGUUGAAUCAGCGAUGAUUUUAUUACAAACUGUUCCAACUCAUAUUCAAAUUGAUUCUCUUCAAAGAAAAUUAUUACAAAAAAUUGAUGGUGUUCUCGCUGUCCAUGAACUUCAUGUCUGGCAAUUGGCUGGUGAUCGUAUCAUAGCUUCAGCUCAUAUAAGAUGUCACAAUCUCCAUGAUUACAUGAGAAUAGCUGAAAAGGUGAAAGAAUUUUUCCAUGAUGAAGGAAUUCAUUCAACAACAAUACAACCUGAAUUCGUAGACAUUGAAUUAGAAGAAGAUGAAGAAAACUGUGUUCUCGACUGCCCUCAGAAUACAAGUUGUGCCGCACAAACUUGUUGUGGUCCCAAAAAGGAAACGCUAACAAAGUUAAACAUCCACAACGGUGUUUAUAAAGGUUAUGGUGAAAAUGGACCUACGGCAAUUAGACGUCGACCAAGAAACGAUCAAGGAUCAGCUGAAUGUGAACUACUUGAGAUUCCGCUUUCAGAGAUAAAUGUGGAAAUAGCGGAUAUCGAUAAUUCCGAUGAUGAUGAUGAUAAUAACGACGGACCUGAUGUUAAAUUAACAUCAAUACAAAAAGGAGGAAUUGGUGACUCCCGAUCAGUGAAUAAUAUUGUAUAAAGACUUUUUUAUAUUAAAUUGUGUAAAUGUGAUAAUCAGAUUGACGAGGGGACACCAAAGUUUUAAAGUUAAAAAAAAAUGGCCAUGGCUUAAUCUCUUCUAAACCAUCACAAUGAUUUUGAUUAUUUAAGUAACAAUCAAUCUCAAUUGAAUUUGCAUUUAAACCCAUCCAAAUUUACUAAUUGUUGGAAACAAUGUGAAUUUAUCACCUUUUUCUCUCCUACACAAACACACAUACAACUUUACUACUUUUCGAUAGUAAUUUACUUUUAUUUAUAUAAAUAAUAUCAAAUUAAAAUUCUAACAAUCAGUUGACAUUUCAACCUGACCUCAUAUGAGAUACUGAUUACCAUGUUCUCGAACGAGACAAAUUCAAUUUAAAAUCAAACAAAUUAAACUUAUUUAAUUGAUGAUUUUUUCUAAUCAAAUUUAAA